CUGUUCUAAAAGCAUAUGUGCAUAAUACCAGUGUUCAGUAAAAAUAAUACUCACUCCAAAAGAGGACUUAUUCCGGAGUUGCCCUCACAGUGUAGUGAACAGUUAUAUCAAUGUAACAUGUUUUCAGUCGGUGGUUUAUCGGUUAGGGCGCUCAGUUUUGAACCGUCAAGCUUUAUGUUCGGACCGUUCCCCAUCUUCAGUUUGAACACUUCGACAGUACUAUUAACCCUCCCGCAGUGUGGUUCAUACCCAAACUUGAUCCAUCUGGUCCAGCUUCCCGUUAUUUUAGCCGGUUCCAAGUAGCUAACUGCAUUUGCCAUAGAAAGUCUUGUGGAAUGGAAAAUUGCCAGUCAUUGUUACCAAUUUUCGCUGCAGUUUUCGCCUUAUGGAGUAUUUUACUUGGAAUGUCUUUUCAUCAAAUUGAUGAAGGUCAUGUUGGUGUGUACUACCGUGGUGGUGCCCUGCUUUCUCAAACCAAUGGACCCGGUUAUCAUCUGAUGCUUCCCAUCAUAACUACAUACAAGUCUGUACAGAUUACUUUGCAAACCGAUGAAGUGAAGAAUGUUCCUUGUGGUACGAGUGGUGGAGUUGUCAUUUAUUUUGAUCGUGUUGAAGUGGUCAAUUAUUUGGCAGCUGAUAGUGUUCAUGAUAUUGUCAAAAAUUUUACAGCUGAUUAUGACAAAACACUAAUAUACAAUAAAAUUCAUCAUGAACUAAAUCAAUUUUGUAGUAUACAUACACUACAAGAAGUGUACAUUGAACUAUUUGAUCAAAUAGAUGAAUUUUUAAAGCGAACAUUACAAGCUGAUCUAGUUCUAAUGGCUCCUGGCUUAUAUAUUCAAGCAGUACGAGUCACCAAACCUAAAAUUCCUGAAGCUAUAAGACGUAAUUAUGAAGCUAUGGAAGCGGAAAAAACCAAACUACUUAUAGCUGAACAGCAUCAAAAAUUAAUUGAACGAGAAGCUGAAACUGAACGUCGACGUGCUGUAAUUGAGGCUGAAAAGUUAGCUGAGGUUUCUGCAAUAGAAUGGCGAGCUAAAUUAGUUGCUCAAGAGCAUGAACGAAAAAUCAGUGAAGUUGCAGAUGCCACACAAUUGGCCCGAUCCAAAGCGCUUACAGAUGCAGAAUAUUAUCGUGCCAUGAAAGAGGCUGAAUCCAGCCACCUUAAAUUAACCCCAGCUUAUCUGGAAUUGGCAAAAUACCAAGCUUUGGCACAAAACUCCAAAGUUUACUUUACCGGUGAUCACGGAAAUUUGAUUAUGGAUCUUUUAAAUCAAAUGUCUUCAAGUUUAUCGGAAGCGAAUAUGUCCACCAAAGACCAGGUCGCAUCUCCAACUGUCUAGCACUGUAUCUUUUCAGUAUUCAUUCUGUCUAGUUAAUUUUAUGUUUCAUUUGUAAGCUUCCUGUUUUUCGUACUUUUUUUAUAUUGUACAAAAAAUCAAAAUCUAUUUUUACGUGUUA